AUGAGAACCAUUCAAGAAGGAGAUGAGAACGAAGGAGAUGUAGUGGCAGCAGAACUCUUAAGAAAGGAAACACUAAAGAAUAAUAUGAGAGACUCCGUUGGAUAUGAAGACUUUGAAGAAUUUGUCUUAGAUUUUGAGGAUUAUGAUCUAUGGGAAUCCAUCAAAGAUCAUCUCACCCAUCCUGUUGCUGAAAACAGUUGUCACAGCAAAGACGAGCAGCCGGCAUUACGCAGGCAGUUGGCAACAAAGUCUUGUGGUGGCAAAAUGGAGGCCAUUGCCUUUGCCUUUAAUUAUACCAGGAAGAGGCAAGACAGAGGAACACAUGAGGUUUUUGUAGAACUGAAUGAGUUAAUAUGUGAAGGCGUGCAAGAGUUGCAAUGGCGAGAGACAGCUCGUUGGAUAAAGUUUGAAGAAGAUGUAGAACAAGAUACAUCUCGGUGGGGCAAGCCUCAUGUGGCCUCACUUUCUUUUCGCAGCCUCCUCGAGCUUCGGAAAACUAUUACUCAUGGUGCUGUCCUUUUGGAUCUGGAAAAGACAACAAUGCCGGGUAUUGCCCAGACAAUUGUAGAAACAAUGGCAAAUUCUGCUCAGAUCAGAGCCAUUGACCGAGCAAAUGUACUGAGAGCUCUUCUACUGAAGCACAGUCACCCCAAUGAUGGAAGAGAUGCACACUACCCCCGUAGUUCUGCUAAUGUUGGGAACCACGUCAUGAACAGUAGUCCACCUGGAGACACUAUUAGCCAUACUGCUCAAGAAUCUGAUAACAAGACGAAAACAAUGAAUUACCCAGAGGGGCAUCGGCUGAGACAUAGGAAACUUAUGGAAAAGAUUCCUGAAAAUGCAGAGGCAGCUGUUGUACUUGUUGGUUGUGUAGAGUUCCUGGCCCAUCCAGCCAUGGCGUUUGUGCGUCUGAAUGAGGCAGUUUUGCUGGAGUCUGUCCUUGAGGUCCCAGUUCCUGUCCGUUUCCUCUUUGUGUUGCUUGGUCCAGCUCAAUCGCAUAUGGAUUACCAUGAAAUUGGACGUUCCAUCUCAACUCUCAUGUCUGAUAGAGUAUUCCAUGAAGCUGCCUAUUUGGCUACAGAACGACAAGAUCUCCUUAAUUCCAUCAAUGAGUUUCUGGACAGCAGCAUGGUACUUCCUCCAUGUGAGGUACAAGGCAAGGAUUUGUUACGUUCCAUUGCAUCCUUCCAGAAGGACAUGUUGAGGAAGAGAAGGGAGCGUGAGCAGCGACGUUCGGCCAGAGAGAAAACGAAACCCAAAAUUGUAGGGGAAACUGCAGAGCCAUGUCUAUUGAAGCUCGAUGAUGAUGAUGAUGAUGGAGAUAGUGAAUUGGAUCCUCUUGAACGAUCUGGGGUUCUUUUUGGUGGUUUGGUUAGGGACAUUCGACGACGGUAUGUAAAAUACUGGAGUGACAUCAAGGAUGGUCUGAACAGCCAGUGUCUUGCUGCUGCGCUUUUCAUAUACUUUGCAGCUCUGUCUCCAGCCAUCACCUUUGGAGGUCUACUAGGAGAGAAGACCCAAGGGCUGAUGGGAGUAUCAGAGCUUAUUGUAUCUACCUCAAUUUUAGGUGUCAUCUUCUCCUUUCUUGCUGCUCAGCCAUUGUUAAUAGUUGGAUUUUCAGGUCCCCUGUUGGUUUUUGAAGAGGCUUUCUUUAAGUUUUGCCAGGUUCAAGAUAUUGAGUAUCUGACAGGCCGAGUGUGGAUUGGUUUCUGGCUGAUCCUUUUUGUUCUGGUGAUGGUGGCUGCAGAGGGGAGCUUCCUUGUCCGUUACAUCUCCCCUUUCACCCAGGAGAUCUUUGCCUUUCUCAUUUCUCUGAUUUUCAUACAUGAGACUUUUUACAAACUCUAUAAGGUGUUCACUGAUCAUCCCCUGCUCAGGACAUACCCGUCCGGUGGGUCAGCAGGAAGUCGCACUGCAGCAUUAGGCCCCCGAAUGCAGCCAAACACAGCAUUGUUAUCUCUCAUUCUUAUGUCAGGAACAUUCCUUAUUGCCUUCUUUCUGCGCAAAUUCAAAAACAGCCGUUUCCUUGGAGGGAAGGCACGGAGGGUUAUUGGUGAUUUUGGAAUUCCUAUAUCUAUCUUAGUAAUGGUUCUAAUUGAUUAUACGAUCACCGACACAUACACACAGAAACUGAAUGUGCCAUCGGGUCUGUCUGUGACCUCCCCUGGAAAGCGAGGUUGGUUUGUUCAUCCGAUGGGCUCUUCUCAGCCGUUCCCCCUCUGGAUGAUGUUUGCUUCUGCUAUUCCAGCACUCCUGGUCUUCAUUCUUAUGUUCAUGGAGACUCAGAUAACCACCUUGAUAGUCAGCAGAAAGGAGAGACGCCUGCAGAAGGGCAGUGGAUUCCAUUUGGACCUGUUGCUAAUUGGCUCCUUGGGAGGUUUGUGUGCCCUUUUUGGGCUACCAUGGUUGACUGCAACAACUGUACGCUCAGUGACCCAUGUCAAUGCUCUAACGUUGAUGUGCAAGACAGCACCUGGUGAGAGGCCGCGAAUCUCUGAAGUCAAAGAACAGAGAGUGACUGGAGUCCUGAUUGCUAUACUAGUGGGACUUUCCAUAGUAAUGGGUGAGAUGUUGCGUCAGAUCCCUUUAGCUGUGCUCUUUGGGAUAUUUUUGUACAUGGGUGUUACAUCCCUCACUGGGAUCCAGCUGUUUGAGCGCCUUCUUCUAAUUCUUAUGCACCCCAAACACCAUCCUGACCACACCUAUGUAGUUAAGGUGUGCACUUGGAGAAUGCAUCUCUUCACGUGUGUGCAGUUGUCUUGCAUUGUGUUACUCUGGGUAGUAAAGUCAACACCUGCAUCACUGGCCUUCCCUUUUCUCCUCAUUCUCACUGUCCCACUGAGGCGCUUUGUCCUUCCAAGGUUCUUCCAUGAACGAGAGCUGAAGGCUUUGGAUUCUGAAGAUGUUGAGCCAAAUUUUGAUGAAGAUGGUCAGGAUGAAUACAAUGAGCUGCACAUGCCCGUCUAA